CCCGCCCUCUGGCCGUCGGACGCCAUUUUGUGCGGCGGUUAGUUAUUUUUAUCUGCGUCAGUGUGGGGCGAGAGGCCGAGCUGGUGGACUGCUGCAUCUCAGCGGACUGCUGCAUCUCAGCACCAGAAAAAAUGAGCUCACGUGUGUUCAUUGGUAGACUGAGCCCUCAUGCCAGAGAAAGGGAUGUGGAAAAAUUCUUUAAAGGAUAUGGACGAAUAAAGGAAAUUGACUUGAAGAAUGGAUUUGGAUUUGUGGAGUUUGAAGAUCACAGGGAUGCAGAUGAUGCAGUUUAUGAAUUGGAUGGAAAAGAAUUGUGUAGUGAAAGAGUUACAGUUGAACAUGCCAGAGCACGGCCUAGAGGGGGUCGUGGAGGACGCUAUCAAGGUCGCUUUAGCCCACGCCGCCCACGGAGUGAUGGAAGAAAUGGACCUCCAAUUCGUACAGAGAACAGAUUGAUUGUUGAGAAUUUGUCUUCAAGAGUUAGUUGGCAGGAUCUGAAAGAUUUCAUGAGACAGGCUGGUGAAGUUACAUUUGCAGAUGCUCACAGGCACAAAAUGAAUGAAGGGGUUGUUGAAUUUGCCUCAUACAGUGAUUUGAAGAAUGCUGUUGAUAAACUCUCUGGUGCAGAGAUAAAUGGAAGAAAGAUCAGACUGAUUGAGGAACCUAAACGUAGAUCUCGCAGCAGAUCCCGUUCGCGUAGCCGUACGUUUUCCAGAUCUCGUAGUCGAUCUCGUUCCAGAAGCCGCAAAUCCUACAGUAGGUCCAAGAGUAGAAGCCGCAGCAAAUCCCGUUCUCGCAGUAGAUCUCGUGGCCCUGUCAGGGAACAAAAAGCUCGUUCACCUUCACCAUCCAAAUCUCCUGCUUCAUUGGAGCGACCAAGAUCUCGUUCUCACUCACGUUCUCGAUCAGUCUCAAGGUCACCUUCUGUUGCGAGUGCUGACUAAGUGUGUACUGAAUGUUAAUGUAGUAAAAGUGAACUGUUACCCAAAUAAAUGAAAGCUGAUUUAAGUGGAAAGGAGUAAAUAUCUCUGAAACUGAAUGCAUUUUACUUGGGUUAGACUGCUUACAACUAUUGGAAUUGUUUGAUUUACCUAAGCUGUAGUUUUGAAAAAAAUUCUGUUACAUUCAAUUAAUAUUACUUUAAAAAUGCAGCUAAAUUUGCAUUAAUAUUUAGCCUGUGGUAAAUAUGGCAUUUGAUUUUUUUUAAAAUAAAAAUUGCAGAUUUAACACUUUAAAA